CCCAAAUUUCACCCUAAAAAUACGCGAACAGUGGGACCCAGAAUCUAAUUUUCCUCCAUUGAGGGGCCGGUCAGUCUCUCAACUCAUGCCACCUUUGUUUUUGGGUAAGUCUAAACAGAAAAAGGGCGUCUCUGUCUUCACGUUUUUGACCUCUUCUUUCUUUUAUAUUUAUUUAGUUAUUUAGUUUCUUUCGUUUCAUCGUAUCUGUAUUUCCCCUCCAUUGGCUCUCCCCGUUUUCAUCGCUCUGUUUCUCCGUGCUCUUCUUUCUUCUUGAUAAUUUUUCCUUCAUUUCCUCGUCUCUUGUUUUCUUUCAGAAAUUGAAUAUGGACUCGGAGCAACACAGAGUCGACGAUCAGAACAAUAAUCCCAACGGCGAAGUGAAUGGAACAGCCGUGUCGGAUGAUCAAGAUGGAGGAGAAUUCUCCGAUGUCGAGAUGGAGAAAAGUGAAGAGAAGGAGGCCCAGCAGCUACAAGAGAAGGAGGAGGAUUCUAAUUCUAGUUCUACUUCCAACUCCCCCGACGUUAACCAAAACCACCAGUCCAACGCCAAGGAGGUCAAUCCCGAAACCAAAGUUAAUGGCUACAAUCAUUACAUACCAGCAAUCAAGGCACAAGUUCAUCUCCCCAGACCCGAGCCACCGCAGCAAAAAGUAGAACGUUCACAAUCCAUGUCCAUAGCCGAAAACAUGCCUUCCAUAGGGAAAUACAUCAGAGACCGAAGCAGCACUUUCUCAGCAGCAAUCGUCAAACGUCUAUCGUCUUUAAAAGAGGAUAGCGGGGAUUUCGUCGUGGAAAACGAUUCGUUAAACUUCGAGGUGACAGAGUUCAAAAUCCCAGGAGUCAAAGUUAUAGUGAAGCUGAAAACCGAAGACGAAAGAGAACAGUUACGAGGUCGGAUAACGUUUUUCACUAGGUCAAACUGUCGAGACUGCACCGCUGUUCGCAAAUUCUUUAGAGAAAAAGGGUUUAGAUACGUUGAAAUAAACGUCGACGUGUUCCCCAAAAGGGCCAAGGAGUUGGUCGAAAGAACGGGAAGUUCCGAGGUGCCUCAGAUAUUCUUCAACGAGAAGUUGUUAGGUGGAUUGGUAACGUUGAAUUCGUUGAGAAACAGUGGGGAGUUGGAUAAGAGAAUGAAGGAAUUGUUGGGGAACAAAUGCCCUGAGGAAGCGCCUGAGAUACCGGUUUAUGGAUUUGACGAUGAGGAAGAAGUAGAAGAUGAGAUGGUGGGGAUCGUGAAGGUUCUGAGACAGAGCUUGCCCAUUCAGGACCGCUUGAUUAAGAUGAAGAUUGUCAAGAAUUGCUUCGCCGGUGUUGAUAUGGUGGAAGCCAUCAUUCACCACCUAGACUGCGGCCGAAGAAAGGGCAUUGAAACUGCAAAGCGGCUGGCCCAGAAGCACUUCAUCCACCAUGUCUUUGGGGGAAAUGAUUUUGAAGAAGGAAAACAUUUUUAUCGAUUCCUUGAGCACGAGCCAUUUAUUUUGGGAUGCUUCAACUUUCGAAACUCAACAAACGAUAGUGAACCCAAAUCGGCAUCGUUUCUAGCCGACCGGCUUACCAAGUUAAUGUCUGCCAUACUUGAAGCAUAUGCUUUUGAUGACAUGUGCCGUCUUAAUUAUUAUGCCAUCAGCAAAAGUGAAGAAUUCCGCAGGUACUUGAUUUUGGCACGAGAUCUCCAAAGGAUCAAUCUGCAGUUACUCUCUCCAGAUGAGAGGCUAGCCUUCUUCUUAAACUUAUACAAUGCCAUGGUUAUCCAUGCUGUGAUUAGCAUUGGACAUCCUGAAGGAUUGCUUGAUAAGAGAGCUUUUUACUGUGAUUUCCAGUAUGUUGUUGGGGGAUUCCCUUAUUCCCUUAGCAUUAUAGAGAAUGGGAUCCUCAGAAACAAUCGAAAGUCCCAAUACUCCUUGAUCAGGCCCCUUGGCAAUGGAGACAGACGCUUAGAGCUAGCUCCUGCUAAAGUUAAUCCCUUAAUCCAUUUUGGCCUAUGCAAUGGGACAAGAUCAAGCCCAACAGUGAGGUUUUUCACUCCUCAGGGUGUUGAAGGUGAGCUGAGAUGUGCUGCAAGGGAGUUCUUCCAGAGGGGAGGAAUAGAGAUUAAUUUGGAAAAGAGGACAGUUCAUUUAACACGGAUCAUCAAGUGGUUCAGCGUAGAUUUUGGACAGGAGAAAGAUAUCUUGAAGUGGGUCCUCAAUUACCUGGAUGCAACCAGGUCAGGGCUGUUGACACAUCUGUUGAGUGAUGGAGGCCCUGUUCACAUUGCUUACCAGAACUAUGAUUGGUCUGGUAAUUUGUGACCACCCAACUUUUCAGAUGGUUGGGCCAUUUUAGAUAGCAAUUUUGGGAUGGAAAUCAUUGAAGUAAAAAGAGUUUCGUAAUGAUACAAACAAUUGAUGAAGCUGCAUCGGCUUGGGAGUUUUUUUUGUAUAUAAUACCUCAAGUUCAAAGGUGUUUGAGGGUCUGAUCUCCAGCCUUUCAGCAAUGGUGUCAAAGAUAGGCAUUUUACUUAUAUAUAUAUAUAUAUAUACACAUUAAAGAAUCCUGUUUUGUCUAUUGCCUUGCUUUUGUGGUGAUUUCCACCUAUCAUUGGGGUUGUUUGUAUUGUAAGAAAAAGGUGUUUCGUUGG